GGCGGUCGGGGAGGGUCUGCCUGGGAGGAGCCGGGGCCCCUUCGACUGCCCUGCCGCUCCGCAGGGCAGGUCCUGGGUGGAGACCCCGCACCCAGGAGGCGGUGAGGAGGGGGAGCCACAGGCAGGUGUGCUCCAGGUGCCUGCGGCGAGAGUUCCAGAAACCUGGACGAUGGACAGCCAGAAAGUGCAGUCUCAAGAGAGAGAGGAGGCAGACGUGUCUGGGUGGAGAGUGGGAGGAAGGACAAACUGGAUUCAGGGUGUGUGAGGAAAAGUCACACGUACCCAGAGUCUCCUGGUCGUGAACCCAUCCCCCAAAAGGUUUACCCCUGCUUGUCGUCCUCUCCUUCCAAAGACUUUCAGUUUUAGGCCUUCGACCAGUAGGUCAUCUCAGAGGCCCUUCACACGUGGUUUCUUACUUUCUCAGGAGCUACCUGAGACGUCAUUGUUAUUAACCUGUCUAGUAAGUGAGGAAGAGUCAGGACUGUGGUUACUUGCCAAGGUCACAUACUGGGGAAGUCAGGACAAGAAUCCAAGUCUCUCACAGCCUAAUUCCAAGCUUUUUCCAAAGAAUUUAAUAGCCUUUCUGAUAGGAAGUAUUUUCUAUUAUAAAGCUACUUUGUCCAAAAUCUUCAGGAAACUGAUACCUCAGACUAACAACUUAGGAAGAAAAAUAUGCUGAUUUCCUCUUACUAAUCAAGGAGGUGCCUGAGACACAGCUGAGUUACUUGUUGAAGAGCGAACUUAUAGCAUGUGAAGAGGCAGACCUGUAAAUUCUACCUAUCCCUUCUGACUAAAUUAUUUUCUGGAAUCUUCCCCGAUAGAGUCCAACUUUAGGCAGUAAAUGCCAUGUACUUUUCCACUGACUCUGAAGUAGGUACUUAGUGGACGUGUAGUUGUUGAGCAAUAGUAUCUUAGACUCCCACUUCCAAGUGAGCAUCCCAGCACUCUGAUAGGGAUUCCUUUGUAACUUAUACUCCCAAGUUGGAGGUGAGUCCAGCCACGCCAUGGGAGAAAGAUACGGCAUUCUGCUUCCCUUAAGAUUUACAGCCUUAGAAACCCUAUGGGGCAGUUCUAUUUCCUGUAUGGUUGCUAUGUGUCAAAAUCAACUCAAAAGCAACAGGUUUGGUUUUUGGUUUAUUAGAGAGGAACAAAGACUACAUUUUGAACCACUGGAUAAAUAAAGAGUAAAAAUUCAGUAAAUAGGAUCCUGAAGAAAAUAUUCCAAAAUGAAGAAUGUAAAAAAAAGAUAAUGUGAGACACACACAAGUAGAUUCCUGGGACCUGGAAGGAGAGUAAUUCAAUCUGGCCAAACACGACUCCCUUCUGUUCCGUUUUAUAAGACUUCUCAACAGCUUUCUAGUGAUGAAGAACUGGGGAAUUAUCUAAUAUAAGAGCAUAGACUUUGGGUCCAUAAAGUCUUGGAUUUGUACCCUUGCUCCACCUUGACUCCUUGCUUCCUGUGGAACCAGGGACAAGUUACCUAACCUAGUUGGAGUUCCUGGGGCUUGGUUUUGGAAUCCAGAAUAGCUCUUCCUUUCCCCAAAAUGGACAAGUGUUUACACUUCCUCAGAACUAGCAUUCUCAAAUCUUGAAGGGUAGGAGAGGGGUGGGUCUGGAACUUACUCAGAAUUACUAAAAAGUAACAUGUAAUUCCUAAUGUUGUUAGAACCUAGGGGGAACUGGAGAGGAGAACUGGAGGCAUUUCCAUCCUGGAACCAGCAUAAAGGCUGAAUUGUUGGUCUUUUAGAUUCUGAAUUCCUUUGGGGACUUGGAGGAUGAAAUAGCAGGUGGUUAGAUGGACGAAGGAAAUGGAAGAUCCCAAUCACAUGCAAGACUAAGGUUUCCAAGAACAGCCCAUGGAAAAGUUAUAUGAAGAGGUGGUGAUUAAGGUCCUACAGCAGGAGUGGACAUGUUUGGAUUUCCAACAGCUACCCUGCUGGACUGUCAUGGAAGAUAUGCCCAGAAUGUAGCAUUUUUCAAUGUGAUGACAGAAGCCCACCACAAAUAUGAUCACUCUGAGGCCACAGGAUCCUCAAGCUGGGAUUUCCAGAAUUCUUUCAGAAGAGAGAAGCUGGAACAAAAAUCCCCAGAUUCUAAGACACUUCCUGAAGAUUCAUCUGGAGUGAGACAGAAGGUCUAUGAUUGCCAAGAAUGUGGAAAAUCCUUUAGGCAAAAAGGUAGUCUAACGUUACAUGAGAGAAUUCACACUGGUCAGAAGCCCUUUGAGUGUACACAUUGUGGAAAAAGCUUCAGGGCCAAAGGAAAUCUUGUUACACAUCAGCGAAUACACACAGGAGAGAAGCCGUAUGAGUGCAAGGAGUGUGGGAAAAGCUUUAGUCAACGAGGCAGUCUGGCUGUUCAUGAGAGACUCCACACUGGACAGAAACCCUAUGAGUGUAUCAUUUGUCAAAGAAGCUUCAGGAAUCAAAGUAACCUUGCUGUUCAUAGAAGAGUUCACAGUGGUGAGAAGCCCUACAGAUGUGAUCAAUGUGGAAAAGCCUUCAGUCAGAAAGGAAGCUUAAUUGUUCACAUCAGGGUCCACACAGGCCUGAAACCCUAUGCCUGUUCACAGUGCAGGAAGAGUUUCCACACUAGGGGGAACUGUAUUCUGCAUGGCAAAAUCCACACAGGAGAGACACCCUAUCUGUGUGUCCAAUGUGGAAAAAGCUUCACUCAAAGAGGGAGUCUGGCUGUGCACCAGCGAAGCUGCUCACAGAGGCUCACUCUUUGACCACUCUCUUCAAGAGAAGUUCUCUUUUUGAAUUAAAUGUACAGAAUCCUCCUUAAGACCAAGCAACCUAUCCAAUUCUAAGGAAUGGAGAAUCUUUCAGAAAAGCUAUUAUUGGGUAGGGCAAACUGACUUUUCCCUUUUCUCCCAAGUCUGGAAAAUAAAUGUCUUGUUUAUUAUCAUUA